AUGCCGUCCUUCUUCUCCAAGAAAAAGAUCUCAAACGAAUCAGUUCGUCGAAAGCAUAGUUCCGGGAGCAACCCGGAGGCAACGAUGAACGUGCAAGCUACUGCGACCUCGUUUGAGCGCGGAAGCCCCUGCUCAGACGACAGAUGUAAGCAGGGCGAAGCGAGAAGCAAUGACCGGCAUCAAAUCACACCGCGGCGCACGCGGCAGCGCAACUCCCUCAGCGAGUCGUCAGGAACCGACGGCUCCACGGACCAGCCGCAGUCGCCUUCUGACAAGAUCUUUCAUGAGCAGCCACUUAACAGCCUCACUCCGAUGCCGCUCAUCAAAGGCAACAGCAGCGCCAGCAACAGCGAUGCCAUCGCCUCUUUCACUGUUGUCAAGGGCCUAGAAGGAGAGACCCAAGUAGGACGUGGCAUCACCGCCACGGCAGAUUCGACGAGGCGACGGUUUUCGUCGAAGGUGGUGCUGCCACGUCUCACCUCGACGCAGUCGCUGCACUCCGCCACGGCGCCAUCGGAAUCCUCUCCCACCUUCACCGCCAGCAGUGCACCAUCCGCAGCUAUUAAACGAUCCUCUAGCGACGUGAACCACGACAGCAAAGACUGCGCCGGUCUUUCACCCAUGCGGCGCUACCCCGCGACCGAGCCGACUCCCCCGUCGCUGCAGCCGCUGCACAGGUCUUCCGCUGACUUCCGUCGCAGCUCUGCCGAAACAGGGCGUGACGGCGCCGCACCCGGCGCACAACACCUCCCAGCGGAGGUGCGAACGCUCACUGCACACGUGACCCUCGCCCUCCCUCUUCCAGUCACCUCGGACAUCGCCUCGCCAGACGCGCAGAAGGCAACACCGGCGGCGGAGUUCACUUCUUCCCCAUCGGCCACGAAUGCAGGCUCAACGUGCGCCCCCUCACCGGUCUUCUCCGCGAUGGAGUCGGUGCCGCGGCGUGCCGGCGCCUCCUCUUCGUCUCGGUUGCAGAGGCGGCGCAAGGGCGCUGCUGACAGCACGAGCGGACUUGCAGACUCCGCCGCAAAGAGCAACAGCAGCAGCGGCAGCAGCGCCACAACGACAAGCGGCACAGCAGCGGCGAAGUCAGGGUCUCCGUCGAAGCCAUCCGCCUUUGAUGCAGCUCGCAAGGAGUGCCAGGCAAGCGGCCGUGGCGGCAGCAGUCACGACAGGCGCCGCGCCCCGGUGGCCGGGUUUGCCAACAUACCCGACCAGUCCUCGCGGCCUCCCUCAUCUGGUGCCGCUUCUGGAUCAUUGAGCGUGCCCCUUCCGCCCCCAAUGUCCGCAGACGAGCUCGCGCCGCGCCACUGCGACUCACCGCACAAGCACAACCGUCACCGCAGCGGCGUCGCAGGUGAGCAGGACAGCGUCAGCAACACCCCAUCCACACGCCGCUCUCGGCGGUCGAGCCUGCGCAUGCAGACCCCACACUCUACCAGUUCGGUGCAGAACAUGAGUCUCAGCGCUAGCAAUGACACCCCCCGCCCGCUCACGCGGCACGCGUCGACGCUGUCGAACGGGCAACGAGAGGCCCUCAAGAAGACGCCGUCCUUCCUGAGCCGCGUGCACACCCCACCCCCGUCAGAGCUCCGCGAGUCAGUCCAGCUACGACGGGUGCGCCGUUCGUCGCUCUCGCAAGAGCUGCCCGCCGACACGCCGCCGCCCGGCUCCAGUCACACCAAGACGGACACCUCUUCCCCGGGCGAUUCCAGCGUGCUGCUCAGCGGUUUGUUGCCGCCGUCCAGCAGCGAAGGGCACCGAAUUGCCGUGUCUGCGAAGAGGAACGUCACAGACUCCUCUGCCACGACAUCCUCACCUUCACCGAAGCCAGAGAGGGACUCUGCUGCUGCUAACGUGGCUUCCACAUCGUCGUCGUUCAUGUCAGUGCUGGUGCGACCCGCCUCGCGUGUGCCGCGCGCGUCCUUAACGAAUGCGCCGGACAUGAAAGCUGGUGCACUGUCCUCCACAAUGGCAGGAGAGGGUGGUGCCGCACCAGGCCCUGCCUCCACCUCCUCUGCCCCGUCUUCGGUGCUCAUGGCCCGGCCGCCAUCGGUGCGGUCCUCCCAGCAGCGGCAGCGGCAGGACCUUUUACAAAAGCUGGUCUCGCCGCUGUCGAUCUCGUCAGAUCCUCCGUCAGCAAAGAAGACGGACGCACCGCGACUCGUCGGCGCUGCACAGGCGGUCGCGCGUGCGGGCAGCGAUCAAACAAAUCGCACCGGGAAUUACGCCUCCGCCUCCUCCAGUGACGCGGAGCUCUACGACUACUACGGCUCUUUCAUGAUGACAGCGCCGCAGUUCGAUCACACGUCCCCGACUCCACCGACGGCAGCGGCAGCAGCAGCGGCGGAAAAAACAGCAACAAAGUCUCCCGCAAGGGCCGGUGUCGACGCCGUUCCCCACCCGCCCACACCGAGCAUCGACGCCAAGAAGUCGGCAUUCGUGAGCAACUCGCUCAACAGCGAAAUGACUAGCUUCAGCGAUGUCCUGGCGUACACGCCGACCACGCCGGGGCCGGUGAAGACGGCAGCAACUGACACGUCACCGAAGUCCACCGCAGAGCAGCAGUCGGCAGCGCUACCGAGCAAGGUGUCUCCUUCGUCGUCCGAGCACAAGCGCCGUGUGCGACCAGCUGUGCGGCAGCGCCAAGUCAACACCUACGUUGAGGAGGAUGAUGAUAUUUACCAGAUGGCGAGGGACGUCGUGGAAAGCGGCAGCGACUCCACGGACAAGACGAAAGGAACGUCCGGGUAUGAUUACCAGCUCGGCGGCGGGAGCUCGAUGAAGGAUGCUGCUGCGGUUACCGCCGCCGCUGCGACCGCACGGAUCUUGUCGGCGACGCCCACGGAGAACCACACGGCUGCUCCAGCGAAACGACUGGUGUCGCAGCCGCUGCCCGCCGGCGUUGCCGUCGCGGCGUCCUCGGCGAUGUCAGAGCUGACGUCGUCGGACGAGGACGACGAUGAGGAAGAUGAAGAGGGCUUGUUGGAGGGCUUCCGCCCUGCCAUCUUCGACGCUGCUCGCAAUCGACGCCGUGGCAGCAGCAUCCUCUUCUACCUCGACAAGGAGGACAGCCUCAGCAGCGUGGACAUCGUGGUCAAGCCGGGGACUGACGGGUGCGGCGGUGCAAAGGUGAUCAUCUUGCCGUCAGCAGAGGCAAAUCUGCCGUCGUCGCAGCAGCAACCGCAGUCAGACUAUUCGAUGCUGAAGGCAAGCGCGUCCGGGACGCUGGACGGAGUCUCUACGAAGGACAUGGGCAGCGCCACGGCGACACAGCAGUUCGCAUCAUCGACCGCAGAGGCCGUGGCACGACCACGCGUGACGAUGGAGCCGUACGUGCCGCUCGGCAGCGUCGGUCUACUCUCGACUCUCCCCGCCCCACCCACAACGAACUCCGCCGGCAACCGCGUAGACACUCGCGCGAGUAAGAGCUUCUCCCUCCUGAUGGAUCCGUAUGGGGUGCAGCCUGACAGCAGCAGCCCGUCGCUGCCCGCCAGUGCCGCAGCGCAGCUGAGGAAGCUGUCUACCUCCCGCUCCGUGUCGAGGAAGUCUGUCACGGUGGUACCUGUCAGCAUUUUCCUCGGCACGACGUCUCGCUUUGCGCCGGACCCGCAGAAGAUGCACCGCCCCCUCGCCAACACCUUCGGCUACACGAACGUGCAGCGUCGUGCGCGGGCGGCGGCGAUGGCGGCGGGUGUCAGCCUCGAGGCGUGGGAGAGUGAGGCCGGGAUCGACCGCAUGGACAGCGACGACGAUGACGACGAAGAGGAUCUGUGCGGGGAGGUGUUCACGGACGAGAACGGCGAUGAGUGGUACUGGGAGGAGGUGGAGGAGGGGGACGACCCGCACCGCGGUGAUGAGUACGUGUGA